GUAAGUCAUUCUCAGUAAUUAAUCAUACACCGCGUCUAACGGUCAAGUUGAACGGUAUCGGAGUUUUUAAAGGAAACUAAAUAAGAAAAUGCAGUCAUCGGUAUUUUUCAUUUCACUACUACUGAUCGCCACUUUGUUGUUGGCAAGUGUGCCUGCUGCAGAAUCAACGUUGAUUUUAUUACUUUGCGCCUUACAAUCGCCAUUAUGUCCAUUUACCACCACCACAGCUGCACCCUCUUCCAGCUAAGCUUCAUGUCUGUGGUCUUUGGAUAAGGUGUAUGGCAUUGCUAUUAGAAAAUAAAAGUUUUGAAGAAUUGUAUUAACAAAUGAUGGCGUUUAUUCAAUAAUAAAAAAAAACUAAGCAAAAAAAUA